GGUUAUGGGUCGCUUUGCAGGAGCGUGCCCACUCUUUUAACCCUUCACUACAAAAACCCAGGCCUCUCUCUCUCUCUCCCCCUCUCUCUAACCCAUUCUCAACCUUCGACCCAUUCUCCAUAACGCAACCACCAAUGCCGGAGCCACCUUGCGCGGCGGAGGCCGCCGCUAGCGACUCCCCGAUCCCGUCGCCGGCCUCCCCGUCUUCCUCCUCCGGCUCGUCCUACUUGUCGAACCCCGUGCCGUGCGCGAAAGCGAAAGCCGCGGAUCGGGGGAGCGAAAGCCAGCCGACCGCGGCGGCCAAGCGGGCUCGGGACGGCAGCAAGCACCCGGUGUACAGAGGGGUACGGAUGCGGAGCUGGGGAAAAUGGGUGUCCGAGAUCCGCGAGCCCCGCAAGAAGUCGCGCAUUUGGCUCGGCACCUUCCCCACCGCGGAGAUGGCGGCCCGCGCCCACGACGUGGCCGCGCUGAGCAUCAAGGGCGAGUCGGCCGUGCUGAACUUCCCCCGCCUCGCCGAGCUCCUGCCCCGGCCCGCGUCCCUCGCGCCCCGCGACAUCCAGGCCGCCGCGUCAAGGGCGGCCGCGAUGGAGGUCGGCGUGGCAACGCUGGUAUCACCGCCACCGCCACCAUCAUGCUCCCAGGCCGCGGAGCCCGAGGAGCUGAGUGAGAUCAUCGAACUGCCUAAUAUAGAAGGUGGGUUCGCGUUCGGCCUCGGGUCCGGGACGUCCGGGUCGCCUGGCGACAUGUUGCUGGCUGACACGGUGGACUACGGUUGGGUGGAGGAUCAGCCACGGUGGCUGAUCGAGAGCGAAGACGCCGACUUUGGUGCGGAGUUUCUUCAUCAGUUCUUGGCGGCCGAGACUGAGAGUAGUUACCCUCCUAAAUUUGAAGCGCUUGUGCAGGAUUAAUCAAGGGAUGAUUAUUUUUAGGUUUUUUAUUUUGUUUAUUUUUUCCUUUUAUAUUUCCUUUUUAAUUUUUUUAUUCCUUCGGAAAACAUAUAAGACUAUAAGUUUCUCUAUA